GCUAGCUUUCUGAAAUCCCUCAAAAAUUUCCGCAUGGUGGAAUUUAAAGAUACAUUUACGAUGCCAUGCCGAACGACGCGAUAAUCUAUUCGGGUCCAUACGAAGUGGGACGUCUUCGCCGCCGGCGAGAUCAGCGGGUGGCGGACUACCUCUUCAGGCGUUCCAUCCGCACCAGCAAUCCGGAUCCCGAGAUGACCAUGUGCCGCAUUUUCAAACUGCUGCUCUACUUCACCAUAUUCUAUGUGGUCCUAGGCGCAUUUACGACGGGAUUGACCCUUUUAAUAAUGGCGCAUCAGAUACCCCCUGAUAAGCCGGGAUGCAGCAAGUUCCCCGGCCUAGCAUCCGCACCCGGUUAUCAUGUAGGCGAUCAGAAACAAAUUUUGUGGAGCCCGGAUAACGCGAAGGAACUGGCUAACAUCCGACGCGCGAUGUCGCGGGCGGUGGAUCGAUACGGCCUGAAAGGCCUAAAGCGUAUGAUGGGCUGUAACCUGGACGACAGCUGGGGCUAUAUGACCGGGACACCCUGCAUUCUAUUAAAGAUCACCCAGGCACUCGGCUUCCGGGCGGUCACCUACGAUGACGCCAUGACGCUGCCCGACUACGCUCCGGAUGAACUUUACGACUAUGUGGUGGGCCUGGGCACGGAAGAGCGCUUCAACCGCAUCUGGGUGUCUUGUCAGGUUUUGGAUCCGGGACUGGACGUUCAUUUUGACUACGUUCCGGAUCGCUUCUUCGAUGCCGAAGAACUCUUCACCUCUGGCAAUGUCUUUCUGAACGAGUCCUCGGAUAACGAGGGCGGCACCUACAAGGAGGAUCCCCGCCUUAGGCGUAUCAUCGGUGUUCAGCUCAGCAACAUUCCGCCCAACCGGGACAUCCAAAUCCACUGCAAGGCGUGGGCUAAGAACAUCCCACUCUACAUGGUAACGAUCAAGCUCCUGGUGCGCCUGACGGCACCUAUUCACCCAACCACUCCAUUGGUACUGGACGAGUGGUACGAGUGAGAUCUGCUGGCGGUAUAAAGGGAAGUCAUCUGGAGGGGUC